CCCAGCACCCCCAGAGCCAUGGGGCACUCCUGGGUUGGCCCAGGGCACUUGUGCCAGCAGCAAUUGAGACCAUUUCUGCCUUGGUGUGCUCUGAACCUACACCUUUCUCAGCCCCGAGAAGAGCCAGGACAGGCAUCGGCCAUGAGGAUCCUCUACCUGCUCUUCCCCUUCUUCCUCCUGCUGGUCCACAGUGCUGCAGGAUCCUCCUUGGCCCCAAAAAACAGGAAACAAUGUCUGCGAGAAAAGGGAUACUGCUCACUUCUGAAUUGCUCUUUCCCCUAUGGCAUUGCGGGAAAAUGUUCCAGGUUUUACUUUUGCUGCAAAAAAAUCUGGGGUUGAAACCCUGAAUUCCCAAGCAGGACAUCCCCUCGCUUCUGGCUCCUGGACCCAUCUGCUGAUGUCCCCUCCCAU